AUGUUUUAUAGUCACGAAAUCCUCACAUCCCCUGAGCAUGGAGUUGCUACGAUAUGGCUCGUUGCAACCCUUGGGUCAAAGUCUAUCGCUAGGAGACUGAACCGAAAGGCCAUUCUGGAUGUGGACGUUCCCAAGGCAUGCAAUGUUAUCAUCAACCCCGAAGCGCCAAUGGCGCUAAGGCUCCAGGGAAACAUGCUAUACGGCGUAUCGAAAGUCUACAACCAGCAAUGUGGCUAUACUCUUACGGACGUGCAGGCCAUGCACGACAGAAUGAGGUCCAUACUAAAGGCCAUACCUGGAGGUGGAUUAGAUCCAGCCGCUGGCAAGGCUAAGCCGGACCAACUUAUUCUACCGUACGACCCGGCGUUCUCGCCAGAUAUAAACCUCCCUGGAAUGACCUUCGACUUCAUCACGUUCAAUACAGAGACAGAAAUAACGGCAAGCCCGCAAUCCAGCCUUCUCUGGACGAGGUCUUCUGGUCUCAGUCAUUCAACUCCGUCAAAAGACAGUUUACGGCUUGACCUACCAUCAGACGAUCUUGUGAAAGGCCUGAGUGGAUUCGGUACCGAAAGUGACAUGGGCAGCCCUGCUCACAAGAGAGGCAUAUUUGACAAGAACCCACCAUCAUUUACGGAUGAGGAGGGGGUGCUGCUUCAGGCUGACUUUGAGUUUGACGAGGAUGGGAACAUCGUCGAGCUUGGUUCGAUGCAGCCUUCUCAUGCACGAGGAAAUCAAGCAGGUGGGAAUGUAAAUGAGACUCCAGUGAUGCCUAGUAUGAAGGGAACCCUAGAAAGAGAAACGCGCCCAGUGAAUCCUCAGCAAAUGUUAAUAGAUGAGGACAUGGAGACGGGAAUCGGAAAAGUUGACGCAGAGGUACUCGUAGACGGACAUAUCUCUGGGUCAAUCCGCGAUUCUCUCCCCAUGAAUGAUAAUGACCGUCCCACGAAUGAUGUCGAGAUCACAGCGCGUCAAGCAGCAAGGGUGGCCAAAAUCUUGCCUCUGGACAACCAGAUAGGACUCCGCAAUACGGAUCUUGCCCAGUGGAAUAAUGAAUAUCUGCAGCAUAUGGCUAUUGUCUCUAAACAAAAGAGACAGAAUAAACUGUCAACUCAGGCUAAAAAGAACGCUGUCUUCUGGGUUUUCGGUAUGGGAAUUGGCUCUGUGGGUACGGGGCUCGGUAUAACACGUGUGCCACAUCCUCUUCAGUCCUUUUCUGGAGAUGAGCUUCAUGCUGCGCUUUGUGGUGGUAUCUCGAAAAGCGACCGGAAGCGCAAUCGCGUUGCGGAUGAAGAUGAUGACUUGGAUUCCGAGGAGCGACGUGUUCGCGCGAGGGAAGAAGAGGAAGAGCAUGUCGGACGUGGUGGUGGCAUACAACCUCUAAAUAUUGCCGACAUUAUGCAGGAGGAUGUCGAGAUUGGCCGUCUUAGCCAGUCGCCCCUGCAGGACCAUUCUUCUCAAAUGCCGUGGAAUAUUACCGCCUCUAUCCAGGGUUCUCGUCAGGGCUCAACCGUACUGCCUGUAUUUCGCGGACUCGGGAGCGUCAGUGAUUUCUCGUCUCGAGGACUUCCUGGAUCAACAGGGUCUCGGGACCUGACAGACUUGGGCAGGCCAUGGAAUCGCCUUACAAGCGCCAGCCCUCUUGCAAGGCGCGGGCUAUCCUUGGAUCUGAUUGGAGGUAAUAGAUUCAGUAACCUUGCCCUUUUUGAAAACGACGACAAUAUCGACAUGCUGGGAGACUUGGACCUGAGCUUUUAUCUACAAAGUGACCACGAUGCGGCUCAGGGGGAACCCUCAACCCCCAAGCGUGACAGGGUGGGUCAGUCAUCCCCCAAACAGCAGGUAUUGACAUCGAAGCUGGACCGAGAAUGUCUGAAUUUCCUGGACUUCGUGAAGACGCAGAUUGAGGUGCAGAAAGUCAUAGGAGCCGACGCUACUCCAAAUGAAGAACUGGAAUCUAGUAACCUCUCCAAGGGAAAGCAGCGCGUGCAUCAUGUUCCGGACGAAGAUGAAAUCGCCUUCUCCGUGCUCCUGCCUCCCAAGAAGACAUCUCGUGUGGUGGCCACGCAAGGCCUGAUGCACACUCUCACGCUUGCGACGAAAGGGAUCCUGGGGGUCGAGCAGGAUGAGACGGUUGAAGAGAGAAACGACGAAGGGUAUGGUACUGUGUACCACUACGGGGAGAUAUUCCUGCGUCUGGCGGGAAUUUGAAAGGUUUCUUUCCUUUUCAUAUUAUUGUGAGAGUAUCCACUUCGCUUUCUGUGCUUUUCAUAUUGAGCAUCUCUCGAUAUUAAUCAUGUUAUGGAGUUAUGCGGGACAAGCUAAAGGGGAAUGGGUUAUGGUAUCUGAACUUGUUCGAGGCGUUAUUCUCAUUGACAUCUGAUCUACUGUUCACUCCAUUGUAUUUUAUUUAUGUUAAUUACACCUUUAUAGCUUCAUUGAAACCCUUCUGCGUUCUUCUGGA